AUGACUGCCCGCAAUGACGAUAUGAACUCUAUUCUGGAUUAUUGUAUAGAAAAUGAUCAGGGAAUUCUUCACCUAAAUCAAAAGACCGAGAAAAUGGAUACAUUCCAACAGGACGGCUUAAUGUCGGACGCUUGGCCGACGUCCGAUGACUUGCUGGAGAACAUAUUCUCCUUGGAGGAAGGCUCCCUCAACUUUCUCGAGGAAGCAAUGCCGGACUUCACACUAUGUGACAACGUGUCGCAACCUUCAGAAGCAAUCAGCAGCUCUUGCUCUGAUAGUGGACUUUCAAGCGACCAGGCUGAGUUUGAUUUCGAGCAACAAUUAUCACCAUUUCUGAUACAAAACUCUUGUGAUGAGGACAUUGGCGCAUCCCCCGUUGGUUUGGAGCCAACCAGUCCCGGCAACGUUCAAGAUGUCAUUAUUCGGAACUCGAACGACACUUCCAACAGUUCGUCCGACGCCAAUGACACAUUUGAUAUGGAGAACUUCGAACAGAACAUUGUUCCCGGAUUCCUUAACAAAAAUACAUUCCAAAGUCCUGGUAAAACCAAUAGGAAACGGCGACUCUCCCAAACACCGCAAGUGGCGGUUCAACCCAAGGUCCAAAGACCAACAGCGAAACUGUCCGUCACUUCCAGCACACCUAAACCACAACUUGUGGUGAAGGCCCAACCCCAGAAACCCGUCAAAGUCGCUAACAUUCAAGUUUUAAACCCGCAAACGAAAGUGUAUUCUAAACCGGUUGAAAGUGUUGCUCCACAAAGACGAGUUAUUCGAGUAGCUCCCAUGGCCGGCAACCCUCGAUCUAUCCUCUUACCAGUUACUAUAAAAGACAUGAAAGAUCUUAGGUCUAUUAAAAUUAUCAACGCGGCAGAUUUAAAGAACGCUUCUAAUCUCAAGCUGGCAGCUGCUAACCUUCUAUCGCAGAGCAAACUACAAGAUUUAAAAUUGGAAUCCCGAAAUGAUUACGACUACGACAACAGCAACAAUUGCGAUGACUCAGGAAGUGAACGUAGCGACGAUGAAGAUGACCACAAAGAACCUGUCGGCGACGGAAAGAAUGGUUACCCACGUUUGGUACUGACGGCAGAAGAACGAAGACUUCUGGCUAAAGAAGGCAUCAGUCUACCCACAAGCUAUCCCUUGACGAAACACGAAGAAAGGGAACUGAAAAGAAUUAGGCGCAAAAUCAGAAAUAAGAUCUCAGCCCAGGACUCGCGUAAAAGAAAGAAGGAAUAUGUUGACGGACUUGAAGACAGAGUAAAGCAAUGUACGGCGGACAACCAGACUUUAAUACGGCGGAUAAAAAUUCUACAAUCGCAGAACCAGUCACUCACGGCACAACUCAAGAGGUUACAGAACGUGCUGACGGGGGUGACGGGUGGCGGCGCGGGCGGCAAGUCUGCGCAGCCCGCCACGUGCCUGCUGGUGCUGCUGCUGUCCGUGGCGCUGGUGGCGCUGCCGUCGGUGCGCGACGAGCUGCGCGCGCCCCCCGCGCGCCCCUCGCCCGCCGCCGCGCCGCCCACCAGGGCGCUGCUCUCCGCCACCAACAAAAUGGUGCUAGACGAAACCGUCAUAGACGACGGCGAGUUCAAUAUGGAUGAGCUGAUCACAUUUAACCGCCCACAUUCCGACCAUGACUACCAGGUCGUAAAGAACUUGGACACGCAUAAAGCGCUGGCCGGAGGAUACGUUGACCUCCCAAUCGAUGAGGACUGGCCCCCGAACCUCAAGAAGCGUAUGAAAAAACUGGAAUUCGAUUACGAGGACGGGAAGGACUACCUCCCGCCCAUCGUAAAGGAGGAAAAUUACGAGAAUUUUUACAAGAAAGAAUCUAAGCUUGACACUGAUAUUAACGAUAACAGUUUCAUACAUAACACGCUGCUAUCAACCGGUCGAAAACUCGGAGAGCUCCUGGACGCACUGCCCCCAAUACCUGUCAAGAACGAGGACCUGGUCAUCGAAGAGAUCUCCGACUAUGACGACACUAGGAACAUCACUGAAAUUAAGAGUUUCGUAGUUAACGGCACCUUGAACGAAUUCUGA